AUGGGUCAUCGGGAAAGACUGACGCACUAUCUGUACCUUCUGGGGAACAGCAUGAAGGUUUUUAUCGCCGAUAUUGACAUCGAAGGCGCAAAACGAUUAGCCCAAGAGCUCAACAAGCAUGGUGAAAAGGUGUGGCCACUUGAAGUCAAUGUGGCGGAUUGGGAUUCGCAGCGGAAGGGAUUCGAGGCUGCACUGGAUCGUUUGGAUAGCAAGCAUGUCGACUACGUCUGUCCCAUCGCCGGGGUGGGCGAAGGGCGGACGUUUCCCAAUCGACCGAAUUCAGUGGGAUUUCAAGAACCCGAUCUCACAAAAUUCGAGGUGAACAUGAACGGAUUUCUCUAUACAGUCAGUCUUGCUCUGCAGCAAUUCCGCCGACAAGAACCCAACAAGCACGGGUUUCGAGGAAAAGUGAUAGCCGCGGGCUCGGUGGCCGGCUUUUACAAUCAUCCUGGCAUCCCCAUGUGUGCGGCAGCAAAACAUGCCGCCGUCGGCUUCGUUAGAUCCUUUGGCAAGCUCCUCCUCGACGAGGACAAGAUCACCAUGAACAUAAUCUGCCCGAACAAGAUCCGGACAAACAUCAAUACAACCGGGGCCUUCGAUAAAGUCGAGGCAGCGGGGGUCCAGCUGAUCCCAAUGAGCGAGUAUCUCGCGGCGGUGAAGAAUCUCCUGGGCUCGAACGAUGUCUCGGGCGCUUGUUUUGAGAUUGCACCCCGGAUCGGAUAUUUCAUCAGGCAGCCCACGGAGUUCAUCAACUCGGAUUCGAGAAUAAGUGGCGAGAUGACUCUGGAACUAGCACUCCCUCUCCACCGGCCUAUCUACGAUUGA